AGAAAUAUCUGCAGAUGGCUCUCGAAUUUUACCACAUCCUCUUCCCGCCAUAAACUAAGUAGUAGAUACGUCGCACUUUGUUUCAAUUGCACUGUGGUUUAAGUACAACAUAAUUCGUUUUCUAGCGCAAACAUGUAUAUACUGAACUACAAAACGCCACGCAAGAUAUGUCGUUACGGAUGAAUUUGAAUGCAAGCAGCGCAUUAAGUGAAAGUGUACGAAAAAAACCAACACAGCGCGCGCGCCCGGUAUUACUUGAUAUAGCUGAGGAUCAUUUUAGAAUUUAAGAAGGAGGUCGAGCAGUGUGCUUCUGCUAGAUUUUCGAAUUUCAAACCCUUUUCUUGUCACGCACCGUUUCCCUCCGAUUGACUUGAGAAAAUACUUAAAUGUGCAGUAAACCAAUACACUGAUCGCAUGCAGUUGCAGAACAAUUUGAUUUUGCAGCAUCGAGAGGACGAUGCUGUUGGCGCCGGACUCGUUUCUUUUAGAUCUCUUCCUGACAUCGCUCGCGGUGCUAGCCUUCGCCGUUCUUCAGUUUUUCAGGAGGCCCCUGCUCGCAGGCACUUACCAGUUGCUCGCAGUCAUUUACCAGCUGUGUAAUUCCUGUAAGAAGAACUGCAACUGCGACUGCCCCGCACUCAGCAAGCGGCUGACCACGUUUCUGCGCGGACCAAGGGAAACUGUAAGGACGGUCGUUCAAACGUCCAACGGUAGUCUUGCCCUCGAGUUACUUGAAAGUGACCUUGACCCGGAGAAGCUGGUGGAGUCUUUCAACGAAAAACUCGCCGCGGAAGCUUAUCACAGUUGUACGCAUUUCAACAAUACUAUAUAUCAAUCUCAUCUUCGCACUAUGUACACGUAUUCCGCCUACAAACAUGAACUCAACAACGAACUGCAGCUAAGUAUGGAUGCUGAAAAACGAAAUCAAAGGACAAGAGCGACGAGAAGAUUUCUACGGCGCAUUUUUUCGUAUGCGCUUCGUGUACCAGUGCCGCGAAGCAUGAGGUUAGGGAUAGUUUUGCAGCGGAUAUCUGUAGCAGAUAUGGAGAACAAAGUCAGCACCUCGCCAAACAAGCGCAGUUCGGCAUCGUCCCGAGCCGGCCCGGAGGGGGAGGCGGUCGAGCCAGAACAAAUACGACGUCGUGGCGGUGGUAUUAAUGAUCGCGGGACCACCAGCACUCCAGCAGCUGUUGAUGGUCAUGCACCACAAGAGCCGUCGUCGUCGGCAGCAGCCAGCAAUAAAGACGCGCUAGAUGUUUCCGCUUUCUUAACGGAGAAUAACGAGCUACUGCCAGCUAAGGACUGCUUGCGAAUUUUGCGCGAUGCUGCCUUUUACAAGCCGUCGGAAUACGCCUACUACGAUUACUUCAACUCGUCUCGUCUUGCGCAUUUGCCCUCCGCUGACGCUGCGAGGACGAGCGCAUGGAGGGACAAAGAAGGCAGAAAUCGAUGUACGAUUUGCAGUGGUGUGUUGUUUCAGCCGGUUAGCCUCGUGGACGGGACAUCCGCAUGCCACUUCUGUGCCGUCAUAGACAAGCUCACGCCGAACAACCUCGCUCCCGAACUUCUAGAGUUCGGGAAGCACACGAACUUCCCCCUCGACGCCGCUUGGGAGCGCCAUCCAGAGUACCAGCGAGCGAAGAGCGCACUGCCGCUGUUUGUAGCGAGGGAGGAGAGCAGCAGCGACAGAUGUGAGCAGGGAGCGGACGUCUUAUCCGUCGAGGACAAGCAGGAGGAUCAUGAAGCUAAAGUUAAAGAAGAGGAGAGAUCCAUUUCCGACAAAAUUAUGAAGCUGCUGAAUCCACCGCAGGAACAAGAGCUUGAACAAUCUGUGAAUUGUUUUUCCUCUUUGCGGAUCCGGCUGCAAUUGCGUUUGGCAGAGUUGACAUCGUCGACAAAGCAUGUCGAAGACGCCCUCAUCGAGCUGAAGAAAUUCCCAGCAACGUCAAGCGAUGGAGGCGUACCGCCGUCAGACAGAACAAAGUUCUGGCUUCACACCUACACGAAGAAGGCAUUUCGGGUCCGUGGAGAAAUUUUGCUGCGCCAGUUGAUACCGCAGGAGCUUCCGACUUUGACAACACACACACCCGAAAGCGGGAGCACGAAUAAAACUUCCUUCGUGGACCCGAAAACCAGCUCGACCGUAUUGCCGCUUGGGCAGCAAAAAGAGCAGCUGGAGCGAAUACUGCGGGACUUUUUGCUUUCGGACGACUAUCGCGAUGGCAUCACGGCGUUCUCCUCGGGCGUGUCAUCUUUUUCCCGACAGAUGAAGAAGCUCUAUACCAAAAUUGUCGCGCCUGCUGGGAAAAAUGCGCUACAAGUAUGCACAGCUGAUCCGCGUAAAGCUAAAUCUCUGGUGACGGGGGUGGACGAUGCCAAAGAGUCGCCUGGCGAGCAGGGCCGCGUCAGCGUCUCGAAGAACCUAAGGACGACGGGUACAAACCCCACAGAUCCUAUGAUCGUAAAUCAAACUACCGACAACCACGCUCCUGUGCUUUCGCAAGCAGUCGUGAAGUCACAUGAAUCGGAGGGAAGCGCGUGUGUGAGGAGAGGCGAAAAUAAAAUAGAUGAAGACGGCGAUGCCAGAAAAAGUGUGGCCGAAGAUGCGGAGCCUGGUACGAGUACAGGAUCAGCAGCAAUAGCGUCAGAUGCCGUUGUUGCGGCCAACCACGUGGGUAUCACCAGCACCGAGAGACGAGCAGAGCCGACAGGGGGCCAGCCGAAUUCGUCAUCAGCAAAGGCCGAGAACACCAAGAGGAGCGCUGCCAACGGAGACGAUGAGCACCAGCAGAGGCCGAGUUAUUUGUCUUGCACCACACUUGACAACGUUAUUGAGCACGUCGUGUUUCCACUCGUACGAGACGUCUGUCGAAAGGAGUUGCGCGACAACUUGAGUACGCGCGACGCGACGUUUUUGUUCGAUUCAGCGGGCAGCGACAAGGUUGAAACCGAUACUCGUCCUGCGAAGAAAGCAAAAAUAGACGAAAACAAGGAAAACCCAAACUCGCCCGAGGAGAUGGACGACGAGUACAACAUGACUAUAGACAGCAGGAAAACUGAAACAUCAACCAUGCCGACCGAAGAGCUGCUCGCAUCGAAAACAGUGCGGGCGGAGGCAGAGUUCUUUGCCCGAGUGCACGCCGACGUGGAGGGAUUCGAACACGCUUUCACAGAGAAGAACGGAUCGACCACUUUCACCGGCAAGGAUAUCACCCAACAGAAGCAGCACCUGGAAUUGAGCCUGCGAAACAUUGUCCCUUCCGAAGACGAUUUAAGCUGCCCUGUCUGUGCCGAUCUGUUUUUUGAGCCCUGUUGUCUUCCUUGCGGCCACGUCAUGUGCAAGUCUUGUCUUGCCCGCCACCUCGACCACGCACUGGAGCGGGCGCCCAUCUGCGUCAUGUGUCGUCAUCCGUUGGUGCCCCUGCUCGUGUAUGUGAACAGCGAGGCGCGGCGGGACCCUUCGUGCGCCCACGGUGGACAGGUGCUGGAGCGCAUGAUUUGCGGCGCCUUGGAGUGCGUGAUUCAAGACUUUUUUCCGGAGCAGCGUAAGCAGCGGGCGUUGGACGUUAAGGCCGCAGAGAAUAGCGGCCGAACGACCACGACGAGGUCUACGACCACGACAAGAGCUUCGGGCUUGCAGCGCAACACUUCCUCCUCGAGCACCAACCUGGCUGCCGCAUCCACAGACCAUAAUGAUAAUGUUGGUCCAGCCAAUACGCGUCCUCCGACGGGGGCAGGGGCCGCGGAUACAGCUACUAGUGUGGUACAACUACCUGGCGACGGGAACAGCCACGCCGCGCUGGAUAGCACAUCAAUGGACCGUGUGGACGCAGACCGCCGCGAAGACCAGAACAAUACUGAAAGGGGCUCAACGUUCACCGCCGUUCGACCCGCCUCGCCGAAAUCGUCGGCACUAGUACACGGCGCGCCUUCAUCCAGCCACCUGCAAAACGAACGCUCUGGAGGAGUAUCGCCACGUGUAGUAGUUGACACGCCGGCUUCUCCGGAAGAAGAAGAAGAACAGACAUGGAUUCCGAUCUUCAAGUGCUCCAUCGCUGUUCCCGGAGUCAACUGCGGUUUGCACGUCUUUGAGCCCCGCUACCGGCUCAUGAUGCGGCGCUGUAUGGACAACACAGACACCGCAAAGCGGACUUUUGGCAUGCAUCCGCAUUCCGUCACGCCUUUCCCCUACGGUUGCCUGUUGCAGAUUAAGGAGUACGAACAGCUCCCGGACGGGCGGUGCCGGAUCGACGCGGUUGGGGUCAGGCGCUACAAGGUUCUCGAGUGGUCCGAAAAAGACGGCUACAGCAUUGCCCGCGUGGAGUGGGUGGACGAUGAAGUUGAGGAACCGCUUUCGCAGGAAGCCGCGCAGGAAGAGGAAACCUUGUGCGUCUCUCUGCAGUUGAAAGCGCAAGAGGCUUUGACGAAGCAGGAGUCGCGCGCUUUUCUCACGUUUGCCGAAGGUCGUGCGAAGAUAACCACCGCGAGGGAUAUGAUACUGUCGCAGUACGGCCCCGUGCCGUCGGCAGAUAAAAUUCACCUUGUCUACUGGCUCUUCGCCACGGGGCUCCUCUUCGGAGACGAUGUCGAUAGUAGUCCAGGCACGCUGAUCGACUUCGCGUACGGACACGAGACGCGACACUCACCAAAAAAAAGGCUGCGAAGAUUGUGCGAACUAGCCAAUGUGACCUCGAACUGAUUUUAGCAUAAAGACGAAGACGAACUCAGUAGUACUACGGUAUGAAGGUGCAGGGCGUAAUACAGUUACAUCGAAGACGAGUGUACUACAAAGUUGCGCUGCUCUCGUCCUCAUUCACGGUGCUGUCGUCAAUGGCUCUACAUGGUCCAAGAACAAUUUGUUGCGAACUUAUUCCAUACACUCGUACUAGCCCAGCUCCAUCGCAUUUGGCUUUUUGUUUGGAGCCACUUUUGUUUGCCCUGGGCGUUGGCUUACCAAUUUUUCAGAAGAUUCUUCGCGGACUGACUUCUCAUUGUUUGAAGAGCUGGAAGACCUUCAUCUCUGUAAAACCAAAAAGAAACCGAGGAUUUCUCUCCAGGAAAGAUGAUGCUCUUCGGCUUGAAUACUUAGCGAU